GAAUCAGGGUUUCACUUAGCCUUUGCGAUAAACACGCUUAGUAGUAGUACUUUGCGGCAAUGCGACCUAUAAAACCCAGAUGUCACCCGCUGGAUACCAACGUUAGACUCUUGCAUUCCUCUCCCUCCCCUGCACCGUUCAAUUUAACAGGGAAUCACGAAAAGUAAUGUCCAAGGAGUUAAACCUCGCCACUCCUUCCGGCAAGGAACUUGGCCGUUCGAUGAGUAACCUCGAGACCGCGAAGGGCAAUGGCCCUCAGCGCAGUCUUUUGCGCUCCGUUUUUAUUGUCAUCACUUGUACCGCCGCAAUGGUUGUUAAUAUAUCUAAUACCACCUCCGUCUCUAUCUCGCUCCCUACAAUUGAGAAGAGCCUCGAUAUCCAGGAAGAACAGCUUCAGUGGCUCGUAUCCGCAUAUUCUCUCAGUUCUGGUUGUCUUCUAUUAUUCUUUGGCAGAUUGGCGGAUCUUUAUGGAAGAAAAAAGGCCUUUAUGCUCGGUACCGUUUGUCAGGUUGCCUUUUCUCUCGGUUGUGGCUUUGCACAAGAUGGUGUGACUCUCGCCGUGUUGCGUGGCUUCCAAGGCGUUGGAGGCGCUGCUACAAUACCAUCCGCACUCGGUAUCCUAGCCCAUGCCUUCCCACCAUCAAGAGCACGUUCGAUAGCAUUCGCUACCUUCGCAGCGGGUGCUCCUGUUGGUGGCGCAUUUGGCAUGCUCAUCGGCGGUGUCCUGACUCAACUUACCUCAACGCACUGGCGCUCUAUAUUUUAUAUGGCCGCAGCAACUUCAGCUCUCAUUGGAGUUUCCGGUCUUAUUUCAUUCGAUGCUGACGUUCCCUCAUCGGAAGUCGUCAAACGUGUCGACUGGGUCGGCGCUUCGCUUGUCACUAUCGGUUUGGUUUUGAUCGUUUUCGUACUCGGUGAAGGAGAGAUCGCUUCGGAUGGCUGGAAAACUCCAUAUAUCAUCGCGCUCUUAGUGAUCGGGGUGAUCUUAGUCGGACUAUUCUUAGUUUGGGAGUGGAAGCUGGAACAAAUCAUCGAGGAAGAUCCAUCAAGAGCGGCAUCCAUGUGGACACCGCCACCACUUAUGAAGCUCUCACUUUGGACUAGGGCGAGGGGCCGGAUGGCCGUUGUUCUCUGCAUCGCGUUCUUAAAUUGGAGUGCUUUCAUUGGAUGGAGCUUCUGGGUCCAGCUGUAUUAUCAGAACUACCUGUUAUUGUCGCCGGUCAAGACUAUGAUCCGUUUCAUUCCCAUGUUUAUUGUCGGCUGUUUAUGCAACUUUUUCGUGGCAAUGGUCGUUUCCAAAUUGCCCCUGGUUAUCUUUGUAGUCAGCGGAUCGCUCUUGACGGCAACUGCCACCAUCCUAUUUGCCCUUAUCGACCCGACCGUAACAUAUUGGGCGUUCUGUUUCCCAUCCACGGUUCUCAUUGUGUUCGGCGCCGACUUUGUGUACUCCGCCGGGACAAUCUUCAUUGCCAAAACCUCGCUCCCACAUGAACACAGCGUAGCUGCAGCUCUGUUUCAAACUAUGACACAGAUUGGCACGGCCUUCGGUCUAACUAUAUCCACGAUCGUGUUCAAUAGUGCGGUUGAUAAGGAGUCUGCCAAACUCGGCGUUACUGUUAACGCUAGCGGCACUAACGCGCCCAUGUCUGCACAACUCGUGGGGUACAAGGAUGCGCAGUGGACCUCUACAUCAUUCGCCUUGAUGGGUGCGCUACUGGCAGCGCUUUUCCUCUGGAGUGUUGGUAUCGUUGGACACCAAAGGGUCAUCAGACACGUUGAUUCCGAUGAGACUAUGGCUAUGAAGCACGAGCCUGACGGCGCUGAGAUAUCCCCUAUGCCCAACUAAGCCAGACUUCGAUAUCCAAUACCUAUCAGGAACGACCAACGGUACCCAUGCCAUCACGAACUCGCACAUGCACCCCUUUAGAUUUAUUCAUUCAACCGCACCUCAUCAUGGGAACGCACGAUUCCAAAUUCAACAUUUAUACCAUGAAUCGUCUCGACGAUAGUUAUCGUACCCGCGUACGCUGUCGUUUUGAUUCUUUGGCAUUGCAUGUCUUUGUUUCUGUCGUGUACGUUUCAGAACCUGCAGGCACUCACAAAACCAAAUCUCAACAUUGUUAUCAUUAAUGGUCU